CGAACGGGAACCGCGGGCCGCGUCCCCUCAGGCCGGGCUGUGCCGGGGGCGAAGCGGGGCGCGAGACACAGCGCCGCUCCCGCCUCGCGCGGGCUCGCGCGGCCCCUGCGCGCGCGCGCUGCCCGCCCCGCUCGCCCGCCCAAUGAGCGUCCCGGCCGGAGGGAGCGCAGGUCCCGCCGCGUGAGGGAUGAGGAUGGCGGUGUUGGCAUUUCCCCCUCCCGCGGCUGCGGAACCUGCGCUGAAAUCCCCCCCCCAGCCCCGCACCGCCCAGUCCCGACAGUGGCACACACGUACAGAUACACAGGCGUACAGAUAAACGCACACACAUCCCCUCAGCCCCGCGCAGGAUGCGCGCCCCCGGCCCUUCCCAGCCCAGCCGCGGCCCCGCUGCGCCUGUGAGGGAGAGACGCUCGGAGGAAGGACCGGGAUCCCUGGGCUCCAUCAGCGCGGAGAGCAGGAGCCCGGCUCAGCGCAGCCUGGAGGAUUUCACCUUGUUGCUGUUUGUUUCGGGAGAUUUUCGCUCCCCCCGCCCCUGGACACUGUCCAGCUGAGGGUUUGCUUCCUUGCUGCGUCCACAACCGGCCAGAGAAAAAGCGCUUUCCCUGUUAGAAGUGAUUUUUGUCGUGGUCUCCCUGCAAGGAAGGGAUCGGCACCAGCCUUCGAGGAGGGAGACAGGAUCAACUGAGGUUUUCUCUACCUCCGGCUGAACGUGAGGAGUUCAAGUGACACCGGCACUGGCCUGUGGCUGACUGACUGCACAGCGAGCUGGAAUCACAGCCAGAGCUGCUCGAUUUACCUGCUCGAGGACCCUUCAAACCCUUCUAUUGACGGUAGAGAUUUGUAUUCCAAGGAAAAUCGGAUUAAUAUAAACUAUGCAGAGCUUUGCAGGGAUAUCGGGAGACUACUCUGUCUGCAUGGCUAAUCUUGAAAUUGUCUGAAAUAAAUCCUUAGCGCAAGGAAUAACGAGAUACUUUCAAUUAGUUUUUUUCCUUGUCGCUUUUUCUUUCUCCCCUUCUAGGAGAAUUUAACACUGACAUCCGAUGGUUUCUACAAGAGAAUGGGACACAUGCUGGAGAACUCACCAGGCUCCAUAAAAAUGACGGGGGUAACAGUUUCCAUCAGUGUUGCGGUAUAAAAGGUUCUCUUUGGAUUGUCUGCUGGUGGCUGCUAAGAUGGAUCAGUUUCUCCCUGUUCCUGUUUGCGAUGUGCUGAACGAUCCGGAUUUACUGAAAUACUGACGCCCAUGAACUUACUCCCUCUCUGCUGAAGGCAUCGGAUGUGACAGUGCAGAGAAACAUGUGUUUCACAUUUCUGACUGGUUGUUUUGGUGCAAUCAAUACCUCCACAAGAAACAUUGACUUAGGUGGCGACUGUCAUAGCGGGAGGCACACGGAGCGCUGCUCCCGGCUUGCAGGCGGAGCGAGCACAAAUCAAAGAGCCCGCCGAUCCUGGCAAGUGGGGGCUUCGCUUCCCCCCGAAGCGCGGGGCACAGGCUGCCGACCCUCCACAGACAGCCCGGCCCGCGGGUGCGGAAUGAGCGAUGACCAAAGCGCUGUCAGGAGUGGCAGCCACUCGGAUCGGAUGGGGAUCAGUGAGGCAAUACCGGUUGAAAGAAAGGUGGAUCGCGAAAUUAUUGCCCGAAGGAAUAGCAGGCGAGGCGGAAUGAUGAUAAAGUUAAACUUCUGUUUCAUCUUCUGUCGGGGAUGGUGGGCGUUUCUGUUGCUUCAGCUCCACAUGUUGCAAGCACUGGCACAAGGGGAUGUUGCACCAUUCUUCAAGACAGAGCCAGGCUUGCCCCAGAUCCACCUGGAAGGAAACAGACUGGUCCUCACGUGCCUCGCCGAAGGCAGCUGGCCCUUGGAAUUCAAGUGGUUGCACAACGACAGUGAAAUAACCUCCUACUCCAGUGAAUACAAGUACAUCAUCCCAGCUCUGCAGAGGGCUGAUGCUGGAUUCUACCAGUGCAUCGUGAGGAACAGGAUGGGGGCACUGCUGCAGAGGAGAUCUCAAGUCCAAGUGGCAUACAUGGGAGAUUUCAUGGACACAGACCAGAGAAAAACAGUGACUGAAGGACAAGCUGCUGUUCUGAACUUCCCACACAUCCUCAGCCACCCUCAGCCCCAAGUGACGUGGUUUAGAGACGGGCACAAGAUUAUUCCAAGCAACAGAAUAGCCAUCACUCUGGAGAACCAGCUGGUGAUCCUGGGGGUGUCACUGACAGAUGCAGGAGGUUACUAUGUCCAGGCAGUCAAUGAAAAGAACGGGGAGAACAAGACCAGUCCCUUCAUUCAUCUCAGUGUAGCACGUGCCCCCAGCCCCCGGGACAGCGCGGCUCCCGCCCUGCUGGUCCGGCCGCGCAACGCCAGCGUGGUGUCGGGGAGCAGCCAGGCCACCCUGGAGUGCGUGGCCAGCGCCAGACCUCUUGAGAGGCUGAGUAUGACCUGGAAGAGAAAUGGAAUCAAGAUCACCAGUGGCAUCAGCAGCUUUGGGAGACGCCUCACCAUCACCAACCCCACCUCUGCUGAUGUGGGGAUGUACUUCUGUGAAGCCAAACUCAGAGAGAGCACAGAGGAGCCAGCAAGAGCAAAAGCUUUCCUUUCUAUAUUGGAACCUCCUUAUUUUACGGCUGAGCCCCCGAAUGUGAUUUUGGCUGAGGUGGAGAAGGACGUGGACAUCCUGUGCCAGGCCAUGGGUGUUCCCAUCCCCACCCUGGUGUGGUACAAGGACUCAGUCCCCCUGAGCAGGCUGGAGAACCCCCGGUACAAGGUGCUGCUGAGCGGGGGGCUGCGCGUCCACGCGCCGCGGCCGCAGGACGCCGGCAUCUUCCAGUGCUUCGCCAGCAACCAGGCGGGGGAGAUCCACACCUACACCUACCUGGAUGUCACCAACAUCAAGCCAGCUUUUAUCCAGCCCCCAGAGGACACCACAGUCACCGAGGGGAUGACUGCAGUGCUGACCUGUGAAGUUUCAGGGGCUCCACGACCUGCCAUCUCCUGGAAGAAAGGAGAGCAGAUCUUAGCCAGUGGCUCAGUGCAGAUUCCUCGCUUCGUUCUCCUCGAGUCUGGAGGGCUCCAGAUAACGCCCGUGUUCCUGCAGGAUGCUGGCAAUUACACUUGCUGUGCAGCCAACUCUGAAGGAGCCCUGAAUGCUUUUGUGAUGCUGACAGUGUGGAAUCGCACGUCCAUUGUCCAGCCUCCCGAGGACAGCACGGUGAUCAAAGGAACCACGGCCACCCUGCGCUGCCAGGCCACCCACGACCCCAGAAUUUCAAUCAGGUACCUCUGGAAGAAGGACAGUGCUGUAAUAAAUCCAUCCAGCAGUUCCAGGAUCACAGUGGAGAAGGAUGGGAGCCUCCUGAUCAGCCAGACGUGGUCGGGUGACAUCGGGGAUUACACCUGUGAGGUCGUUUCCUCCGGGGGCAACGACUCCAGGACAGCUCGGCUGGAAGUGAUUGAGCUGCCUCACUCCCCCCAGAACCUGGUGGCCACCCUGAACUCCUCCUACAGCCGCAGCGUGGUGCUCUCCUGGGUGCGCCCCUUCGACGGCAACAGCCCCGUGCUCUACUACGUGGUGGAGCUCUCUGAGAACAAUUCUCCCUGGAAGGUUCACCUGUCAAACCUUGACCCGAAGAUGACUGGGGUCACUGUGAGUGGCCUCACUCCAGCCAGGACCUACCAGUUCAGGGUGUGUGCAGUCAACCAGGUGGGAAAGGGCCGGUACAGCACUGAGACCAGCAGGUUGAUGCUACCUGAGGAACCUCCCAGUGCCCCCCCUAAAAACAUCGUGGCCAGUGGGAGAACCAAUCAGUCCAUCAUGGUGCAGUGGCAGCCUCCUCCUGAGAGUGAGCACAAUGGGGUUCUUCAUGGCUACAUCCUAAGGUAUCGCCUGGCCGGCCUCCCAGGAGAGUACCAGUACAAGAACAUCACCAGUGCAGAGAUCAACUACUGCCUGGUGAAAGACCUGAUCAUUUGGACCCAGUAUGAAAUCCAGGUGGCAUCUUACAAUGGAGCUGGGCUGGGAGCCUUCAGCAGGCCUGUGACAGAGUACACACUGCAGGGAGUGCCCACAGCUCCACCUCAGAACGUGCAGGUUGAAGCUGUGAAUUCCACAACCAUCCAGUUCCUCUGGAACCCUCCACCCCAGCAGUUCAUCAAUGGCAUUAACCAAGGGUACAAGCUCCUGGCGUGGCCGGUGGAUGCUCCAGAGAGUGUGACCGUGGUCACCAUCGCUCCGGAUUUCCACGGUGUUCACAGUGGCUGCAUCACCAACCUGAAGAAGUUCACCCCCUACUACACCUCAGUGCUGUGCUUCACCACGCCAGGGGACGGCCCUCGCAGCCCCCCCCAGCUCCUGCGCACCCUGGAGGACAAGCCAGGAGCUGUGGGACACCUGAGUUUCACUGAGAUUCUGGACACCUCACUCAAAGUCAGCUGGCAAGAACCUGUAGAGAAAAAUGGCAUCAUCACAGGGUACCAGCUCUCGUGGGAGGUGUACGGCAGGAACGAGUCGCGCCUGGCCCGCAGCCUGCCCAACAGCACGCUGGAGUUCAAGAUCACGGGGCUGUCCUCCCUCACCACCUACACCAUCGAGGUGGCGGCUGCCACCGCCCGCGGCAGCGGCUCCGUCACCUCCUCCACCAUCUCCUCUGGAGUGCCCCCAGAGCUUCCAGGGGCUCCAACCAACCUGGUGAUUUCCAACAUUAGCCCUCGCUCUGCCACGCUUCAGUUCCGCCCGGGGUACGACGGCAAAACCUCCAUCUCCAAGUGGGUAGUGGAAGGGCAGGUUGGUGUGCUGGGUGAUGAAGAAGAAUGGGUGACUCUUCAUGAGGUGGAAAAUGAACCUGAUGCCCAGAUGCUGGAGGUACCAAACCUCACUCCUUACACUUAUUACAGGUUCCGGAUGCGGCAGGUGAACGUGGUGGGCUCCAGCCCUCGGAGCCAGCCCUCGAGGGUCAUCCAGACCCUGCAGGCGCCUCCGGACGUGGCCCCCGGCAGCGUCACCGUGCGCACGGCCAGCGAGACCAGCCUGUGGCUGCGAUGGGUGCCGCUGCCCGACACGCAGUACCACGGGAACCCCGAGUCCGUGGGGUACCGGCUGCGGCUGCGGCGCGUGGAGCCGCCGGCCCCGGCGCUGCUGCGGCUCGUCCCCGACCGGCUGGCGCGGGAGAGCACGCUGGAGGGGCUGCAGGAGUGGACGGAGUACGAGCUGCAGGUGCAGGCCUUCAACGCCAUCGGCGCCGGGCCCUGGAGCGAGCCCGUGCGCGGCCGCACGCGCGAGUCGGUUCCCUCUGCUCCUCCUGAGAAUGUCUCUGCUGAAGCUGUGAGCUCAACCCAGAUCCUGCUGACCUGGGCAGCAGUUCCUGAGUCUGAGCAGAAUGGUCUCAUCCUGGGCUACAAGAUCCUUUACAAAGCAAAGGAUUUGGACUCUGAACCCAAGAGCCAGACAGUGAGGGGGAACCACACCCAGUCAGUGCUGCUGUCAGGCCUGAGGAAAUUCGUCCUCUACGAGCUCCAGGUGCUGGCAUUCACCCGCAUUGGGGAUGGGGUCCCCAGCUCCCCAGCAGUGACAGAGAGAACCAAGGAUGAUGCCCCCGGGCCCCCCGUGAGGCUGGUGUUCCCCGAGGUGAGGCUGACGUCCGUGCGCAUCGUUUGGCAGCCCCCGGAGGAGCCCAAUGGAAUCAUUCUGGGGUACCAGGUCGCCUACCGCCUGGCCAGCAGCAGCCCCAACAAGUUCACCACGGUGGAGGUUGGUGCCACAGUCCGGCAGUUCACGGCUACAGACCUGAGCCCAGAGUCAGCCUACAUCUUCAGGACAUCUGCCAAGACCAGGCAGGGCUGGGGGGAGCCUCUGGAAGCCACGGUGAUCACCACUGAGAAACGAGAACGACCAGCCCCGCCCAGGCAGGUGCUGGCCCCGCAGGGUGACGUGUCCUCCCGGAGCCUGCUGCUGACCUGGGUCCCUGGCAGUGACGGAUCCUCCCCCAUCCGCUACUUCACGGUGCAAGUGCGGGAGCUGCCGCACGGGGACUGGCAAACCUACUCCUCCUCCAUCAGCCACGAGGCCACGUCCUGCAUCAUCGAAAGCUUGAACCCGUUCACCUCUUACAAGCUGCGAGUGAAGGCCACCAACGACAUCGGGGACAGCGACUUCAGCGCGGAGACAGAGGCAGUCACCACCCUGCAGGAUGUCCCAGAUGAGCCACCCAGUUCUGUGUUGGUGACUCCCCACACGACUUCCUCUGUCCUUGUGCAGUGGCAGCCCCCCAGGGUGGAGAGUGUGAACGGGCUCCUGCUGGGAUACCGCAUCUACUACCGCGAGCUGGACCACGACCCCGCGCCCGGGACGGGCUCCAGGAGCAUCCAGAGCCCCUCGGCCCUCAGAGCAGAGCUCACACCCCAAGGCAGCUUCAAGACAGUGAACAGCAGCUCUGCAUUAACGACGUAUGAAUUAACACAAUUGAAGAAAUACAAGAGAUAUGAAAUACUGAUGACAGCAUAUAAUAUCAUUGGUGAGAGCCCUACCAGCACACCAGUGGAAGUGUUUGUGGGUGAAGCAGCACCGGCGCUGGCCCCGCAGAACAUCCAGGUCCAUUCCCUUUCCGCCAGCCAGCUGGAGCUCACCUGGGACCCCCCUCCUGCCGACAGCCAGAACGGGAACAUCCAAGGCUACAAGAUUUACUACUGGGAGAGCGACGCUCUGAACGACACGGAGAAGGUGAAGGUGCUUUUCCUGCCCGAGACCAGCGUGCGGCUCAAGAACCUGACGAGCCACACGCGGUACCUGGUGUGCAUCUCCGCCUUCAACGCGGCCGGGGACGGCCCCCGCAGCAGCCCCGCCCCGGGCAGGACCCUCCAGGCAGCACCCAGUGCUCCCAGCUUCCUGGCUUUCUCUGAAAUCACCUGCACUACCCUCAACGUGUCUUGGGGCGAGCCAACAGCAGCAAAUGGAGUCCUGCAGGGUUACCGAGUCGUCUACGAGCCUCUGGCUCCUGUCCAGGGGGUGAGCAAGGUGGUGACUGUGGACAUCAAGGGGAACUGGCAGCGCUGGCUGAAGGUGCGGGAUCUCACCAAGGGCGUCACUUAUUUAUUCCGAGUGCAAGCCCGAACCAUCGCCUAUGGACCUGAGCUGCAAGCCAACAUCACAGCUGGGCCAGCAGAAGGGUCUCCUGGCUCCCCUCAGGAAAUCUUGGUGACAAAAUCUGCUUCUGGGCUGACACUGCAAUGGACUGAGGGAGAUUCAGGAGAAAAACCCACAACUGGCUACAUUAUAGAGGCACGACCCUCAGAUGAAGGACUCUGGGACAUGUUUGUGAAGGACAUCCCUCGCAGCGCCACCUCCUACACAGUGGGCCUGGACAAGCUCAGACAAGGGGUCACCUACGAAUUUCGGGUGGUGGCUGUCAACGAAUUUGGCUAUGGAGAGCCAAGUGUUCCUUCUGUGGCAGUAUCAGCACAAACAGAAGCCCCUUUCUAUGAGGAGUGGUGGUUUCUGCUGGUGAUGGCUCUCUCAAGCCUCAUCCUCAUCCUGCUGGUGGUGUUUGCAUUGGUCCUGCACGGCCAGAGCAAGAAGUACAAGAACUGCACUGGAGGUAAAACCAUUUCCAAUGUGGAAGAGUCAGUCACCCUGGAUAAUGGAGGCUUCACUGCUCUGGAGCUCAACAGCAGACACCUGAACAUCAAGAGCACCUUCUCAAAGAAAAAUGGAACCAGGUCUCCUCCUCGGCCAAGCCCAGGGGGGCUGCACUACUCUGAUGAGGAUAUCUGCAACAAGUACAAUGGGGCUGUGCUGACAGAGGGCUUGGGCCUCAACGAGAAGCCCCUGGAGGUGUCAGAGUCAGAGGUCACUGACUCGGAUUACGAGGACGAGCUGCCCAAGCACUCCUUUGUGAACCACUACAUGAGCGACCCCACCUACUACAACUCGUGGAAGCGGCAGCAGAAAGGGGUGAAGCAGCACCCGGCGUCCUACAGAUACGAGGAGUGCACGGCCAGCGAGACAGAGCCCUAUUUCCAGACUGUCAUCACGACACAGAGCUCAGGAGGGGUGUACACCCCCACGGGACAGCCCGCGCCCGGCUCCCGGACUCCAGUGACAGGAUUCUCCUCCUUUGUCUGAGCGGGCUGGGGCACGGCGGGACAGCCACGGCGGCCGUGUGCGCGUGGCCGGGAUGCUGAACUCUGGGGGACGUCUCUUAUCAGGGUAGAAACGGAUGGGAACACACCUGAGGCUGGGUUGUUGGUGUUUUGGUUGGUUUUUUUGUUGGUUUUUUUUUUUUCUUUUCCUUUCUGAAGACAAUCAACUCUAUAAAAACACGGAGCUGAACUAGCUGAACCUUUGUUUAAGAAAACAAAAAGAAAAAAAAGGAAUUCUGAACAGUGAUGAUUUUAACCACUUGUGAAUAGUAGGGGUUUUUUAACUGCUUUUUGUAACACUGCUUCAGGAAGCAGCUCCCAUGCCCUGCUCCUUCCCUCUUUCUUUCUCUCCCCUCCUCCUGUCCCACUGCUCCCAAACAAGCAGGUGAAUUCCCGAGAUGCAAUGAGUGACUUUGUGAUGUGAUUUGAAGAGAAAACAUAAAACCUCCCAGGCUCCUUUUUCUUCCUUUUUCUCUACUCCUUUUUUUUUUUUUCCUUUUUAUCUUCUUUUUAAUUUUUCUCUGUCAUCAAGAUUAAGUAGUAAAACAUAGAAAAUGGACACAUUUUUAGGUGAAAAGCAGACACCUCCUCUCUUCUUGCUGCUCCACGCAUUAGGAGCACUGGCUGAUCAAUGUAGGCUCAGAUGUGUCACUGUGUCUGCUCUAAGCUCACUACUGGUGUAUUUAUAUUGAAUUACUGACUAGCCUUUUUUUCUUCUUCAAAUGGGACCUGCUGCAUUCUUUAAAUAUUCCAACUCCAGGGCCUUUGGAAGAGGAGAUGGCUCAAAAGAGCACUGUAGGCAGUGGUGGGCGAAGCAGGUGGGAAGAAUUCAGAUGUAAAGUCAGUUUAUUUUUGGUGUGGCUCUAAUCCUCCUCAUGGACUGCGUGUACCAUUUGAAUCAGUCAUUUUUUAAAAGUCAAAGGACAUAACCGAGCAAGCCAGAGGAAAUUUUCAAUUAAAAUUUCAGUGACAACCUAGAGAGUUUACUCAUUGAUGAGGGUUUUGAUCAUCAGAGUUACCGUGCCCUGCCAACAGAAGUUGAGCAUCCUUUCUCACCCAGACUCUGCAGUUCUAUUUACUGGUCUGUAAAAUGUACACAGUAGCAGGGUUUGUUAGAUUUUAUUUUUUAGUACAGAGACACACCACACAGACUGGGUGAGUUUUGGUGUCCACAGGUGCCUUUUAUUGAUUCUGCAGCUUCAUAUCUGGGAGAAGAAAAAAAUGUCUCCAAAUAAAGCUAACCAGUUUUUUCAGGCAUUGGGGUCAUGAAUUACCUUGUGCACGUUUACAGCCUGCUCUGUGCACUUGAAACUACUGCCUUUGGAAAGAAAAUAGGAGAUUUUUUUUCAUAUAUUCUCCAUUCUUUUGUACAGCUCACUUUUUGUUUUAUUCUUUUCUAUUCUUUUCCUGAGUCUGUCAUGUUUAGUAGCAAGUUGUUUACUCACAAGUAAGUUGUCAGGCAUUGAAAGAUUUGAAGUCCAGCCCUUGGACGUAGCAACAGUCCUGGUCACCAGACUUUUUAUCAUAAGAGCUUGAAAGGUGAAUUUGGAAGUAGAAGAGUCUUUGCCACACCAGGAUCUGGCAUUUCCUUCCAGGUGGAUAGGCCAGGAAAAUUGGUGCUUGCUAAUGUCCUGUCAAGGCCUAUGUGGGCAUUGUUACCACAGAAAAUUGUCCCUGUCCUCUCAAGGGAUGCGCACACCUGUGGCAGGGGAGGUGGUGUCUUCAGAGCAGGUUGUUUAAACCAGGCUGCCCAGGGGCCUGGUUGGGAGUAUCCUGGUGGCACCUCACCAAAACAGCUGAGGCCAAGGGCCAGCUCAGCCUUGCUGUCACCUUUCAAUGCCUCUUGGACAGGGCAAACGAUCUCAGAACUGCUUUUGCUCUCCGGCACUGCCUCCGAGCACUGCUGCUCUUGGUGCGUGCAGACUCUGCAUAGCUUUGGCACUGGAUUGCUGUUCCUCUCCAAAGGUUCCAGGAAGAAAAAUUUCAAAACCAAAAACUCCAGUGGGUGUGUUUAAGGGCUUUUGAGUUUGGCUAAUGAUCUGUAGCUCAUUAGAUGGCAAGGGACUCGCAAAGACAUGGCUGAGCCAAAACCCUGUGAGUCAUCCCCCUCUCUGCACCUGGUAGGAUGUGUGUGGGAUGGAGAUGGGGCUCCAAAGAGGAUGACUUGGAGUGUGCUGUGGAGAGGAAUGCAAAGCAAACAAAAAACCCACUGCCUUCUGUGCACUUUGACUGUUCUCUUAAGCCAUAUGGACUUUGCUUUAAUUACUGCACUGCCAAAAUUUGUUUUCAGUCUGCGUUUUUUUGUUUCUUAGACAAAAUUAUCUACGUGACUUUCUGAUUUGUUUUCCUUUUCCUUUGUCAUUUCCUGCAUCAGAUUGCAUAUUUUAAAGAUGUUGUUUUUGUACAUUUGACACAGCAAUGCUAUUGCUCUUGGAAUUUGAAUGGCACUUGUCCAACAGGUGUAAGAGGUAGUGCUGCAGGAGAAGCCCUUCAAGGACCACUGAGGACUUUAGGGAUGUAAAUUAGUAGGAAGUAGAUGGAACACCGAAGACUUUGCUCCAAAGGAAAGCAUAGUGUAACUCCACAUCUCCUGAAUAUUUCUAGAUCUCAGUUGGUGUAGAUGCAGUUACUCCCUGGGACUGAUCUGAUACCACAUUGAGAAAAAAACCUAAGAAAACCAUGGGGAAUAAAGGAAAUGGACUUUGUGGCCACUGCUCCACUGAAGGACAGCAUGGGGAGCAGCACAAUCUAUACAAAGCGAGGAGAAGAGACUGUUCCUUUUUUCUCAGAACCAGCUGCAAACUAAAAAGCCUGAGCUUGCUGAGGACCUGCUGAGUUGGCUGUGUGGCUCUUUUCUUCUGACUGCUGUCAAAAUAACAGGUUAGGUGUGAUUCCUUUAGGACCUGUUGAUCCCAACAAAGGUAUUUCUGUUCCAUUCUUGUCCA